CUUAAAUAGAGCUGAAGCGGCUGCCAAAGUCUACUCGAGCAUUUGGUGGAAGUAGAAGGGAGCAGUCGUGGUUCCAUAGGCAGCGGUUUGCUUUCGGGGAUGGCGAGCGACAUCGACAUGGUAGAAUCCGGCGCAGAUGUGGAGGUUGUUUGUGUUUCUCAGAGGGCGGUUUUGCACGAGGCUGUCAAAACUUUAGACGGCUCUGUUCCUGUCUAUCAUCACGACGUGGCGAAUGGUGUUUUCAUAGCAACGGCUUUCGUGCUGUUUCCUUUGUCUGGUGAAGGGGACGCCAUUUCAAUGCUGGAUGCAAGAGGAGAAGGUAGAAGAACAAAGGAUGAAGCCGAGGAGAGUGCUACAGAAGCUCUGUUGUCUGUCGUGAAGCUGAAUCAGAAAGUUGGGGCGGAUGAUAUUACAGAGCAGCUGGUAAACCUCAACAUGUCUGAUGUGGAGAUGAACAAAUAGUUUGCCUGCAGUGAUGUGUAUCUUAGAGUAGGUUUAGUUUCCUGUUUUAUGUUAGGCGGUGGAUAUGUAGUCUGUGUGUACGGGCUAGGUGAUGAGGCUAAUUUCCGUUACCAUGUAUUGACCAAUAGAGAGCAUGGUCACUUCGUACUUGCUAUUUUAAGUUAUUUGGUCAGAGC